UGACUGUUGUGAUUUCUGCCGUGGAUUAUGCCUUACCAUGGACACAUCAAUCCCUUCUCUUCUGCUGGUUCUGUGGCUCAAGAGUUUCCUGAACUGGCUUGUGGUCGUGGUACAGCGUCACUACAUGAUCCGGACUUUCUCGGGAUUCUUCUGCAUUUCCUUGGCACUGAUUGACAGUCUCUUGAGUUUUGUCCUCACAGCUAUUUUCUAUCUGGAAGGCUUCAGCAUCUCAGGCUGGCACUUCACCAGGUACUACAUAUGCCUACUGACUCAGAUUGCUUGUUUUAUCUACGCCAUGCUCCACUGGCCAGUGUUUCUCCUUAUGGGACUAGAUAACUUCUGGACACUAUCAUCAAGCUCAAGACACACAUCCUGGACACAAAAGCUGACUUACAUUGUGGGAGUGUGUCUCCUUUGGAUUCUAGCAGCUUUGUAUGUUUUCUGGGUGCCUGACGUUGCUCUACUGUUUAGAGACGACGAGAAGCACCAAUGCCAGCUGUUCAGUAGCCCUCAGAGUUCUCAGAUUCUUGUUGCGUUGCUACUGACGGUCACUUUUGUUAUUCUUUACACGUAUGCUCCUUUUGAGAAAUGGAGGGUACAGGUUUUUCUGCAUUCCACUCCACAAUGCUGUUUGAUUUGUUUAAGGCAGGUUAUGCAUACGUUUCUCAGCACGUGGGCCUCGUUUCUCGUUCUGAAGAUCAUCGCACCGCUGCUAAUGAUAGAGAUGCAUGCGUACCUGCAGUUAAACGUCAUCUGGUUGAGUUUCCUCAACAGUUUUUCUGUCGCUUUGGCACUGUGUGGCCGCUCUGUUGCACAGAAUUCCCAGCAAAGUGACACCAUUACAGAUGGUUUUUGUUCCUGGUACUUUUGUUUUACAUAUGGAGCUGACGAGUGGAAUUAUGGACAACAAACUGACCGCACUGAAGUUAAAACACUAAAUGUUUGA